GACCGUCGGCCCCUCAGCCGGGGCCCUAGCAGAGCUUUCCUCGCCACCCCCGCCUCCACUCCACCCCGGCUCUGGUCCCAGCAGUCGCCCGGGGAGGGGGAAGGAGGGAGGAGUCCUAGAGCGUGACGCCCCCGGGGCCUCCUGCUGGUGCAGAGUCGGUCAGCCCCGAGGGGCGUGAGGAGUGGGCGGGGCUGCGGACUUCGGACUCCGGCCCUUAGACCGCUGCCUGCCAAGCCGUAGCAGGCAGCCUAGUUUGGAGCUGAGCGAGCCAUGACGGUGCUGCGGGCGCUCUGGUCCGAGAUGCAGGACACCUGCACCUCGCUGGGGCUGAUGCUGUCGGUCGUGCUGCUCGCAGGGCUGGCCCGCGUGGUCGCCCGGCAGCAGCAGCUGCACAGACCCAUGGCCCACGCCUUCGUUUUGGAGUUUCUGGCCACCUUACAGCUCUGCUGUUGCACCCAUGAGCUGCUGCUGCUGAGUGAGCAGGAACCCGCGCACCCCACUUGGCCGCUGACGCUAAUCUACUUCUUCACGUUGGUACAUGGCCUGACUCUGGUGGGCACCUCCAGCAACCCGUGCGGUGUGAUGAUGCAGAUGAUGCUGGGGGGAAUGUCCCCCGAGAUGGGUGCGGUGAGGCUGUUGGCUCAGCUGAUUGGUGCUCUGGGCAGCAGGUACUGCAUAGGCGCCCUGUGGAGCCUGGGGCUGACAAAGUAUCACGUCAGCGAGAGGAGCUUCGCCUGCAAGAAUCCCAUUCAAGUCGACCUGCCCAAAGCGGUCAUCGUAGAGGCCCUCUGCUCCUUUAUCUUCCAUAGCGCUUUGCUGAACUUCCAGGAGGUCAGACCCAAGCUUCGUAUCCACCUGCUGGCAGCACUCAUCACCUUUUUGGUCUAUGCAGGUGGAAGUCUAACAGGAGCCGUAUUUAAUCCAGCUUUGGCACUUUCACUACAUUUCAAGUGUUUUGAUGAAGCAUUCCUUCAAUUUUUUAUAGUAUAUUGGCUGGCUCCUUCUUUAGGUAUAUUGUUGAUGAUUUUGAUGUUCAGCUUUUUCCUUCCAUGGCUAUAUAACAACCAUACAAUUAAUAAAAAGGAAUAACCAUUCCAAAAGACUCAGACUAAGUUACAGGACAGACAAGCUGGACGUGAUAAAGAUUUUAUUACCUCACAUUGAACACACUGGCUGCAGUGGAUUCAUCAAUCUUAGCUUCCUUGGAGGAAGCUGCCUUAGAAUGUUCAUCACUGAAACUUAAAAAAAUUACUAUGAAAAUGAGGUAUCCCGUAUUUCUCAGUUAAGACUUGUUCUUUUGAGUGUGUAAUGCUGUUAGAAAAGACUCAUUACAUUAAAUAUAAAUCUCAAGUGAUAACUGUUAAUUUUGAUGAAAAAAACAUGAGUACAGGGUGGGAAGGGAAGGGAAGGUGAUGGCAGGACCAAAAGAAAGAGUAUGUGUAUCAAGUGUCUCCUGAAUGAACGGGAUUUUUAACCAGAGUGCAACCAGGCCCGCUUAGCCAACUGCAGGGAGGAUGCUUUUCAGCCCCUGCCUCACACAGCGAUACCAUCAGUAGUGUCACCUUUCAAUAGGAAAGUUGCUUUUGGAAGUAGAUUAUAUAUCUGCUCAUACUCAAGGGGUUUCCUAAAUUUUAAAUAUAUUCUAAUCUAAAAUUCUCAAAUAGACACUCUCACUAACUUUAGGCAAGUUGUUAUUCUUUAAUAGAACAUAAUAAAAUGAAGCACCCAUACAAAGUCAUGGUGUAAGCUCUUCUCAUUCUCAUUUGACCUAAACAGCUACCUUAUGAAGUAGUUCGGGCAUGUAUUUUUAAUCUCUAUUUUACAGAUAAGGAAACGAAGUCCAAGGUCAAAUAGAGCCAAAAACCAUCUUUAAUUUCUACUUCAAUAGGAAAAAUCUUCUCAGUCAUCAUUAUGACUAAAGGAAAAUUGUAGAUUUUGAAGACACGUUAACUACUUUAUAAUAUUAAGGUUUGUUUAGGAAUUAACUAGCUUUUUUUAGGCUUAAAGAACCUUCAAGUUUUCCUGUAUUAGAAGCUUUAUUGUAUGAGGUCUACUUUUUA